ACAACGAUUUUGUUAUGGAGUUGAGUAAUGAAGAACUUUAUGAAUGUUUUUAGAAUUAUCACCGUGCACUCUAUGAUGAUUUUUAUAGAGAUCCUGGCCAAAUGGUACUUACAGUGAAGUAUUCCAAAGAUCAGAAGAAUUCAUAGAAGUGAAGGAAAGUGCGACGACAGAAGAAAAUGGAGCAAAGAAUGAAGAUGUACUCGUGGAGAAGGGAAAAGAAAAGGCACCAGUGAUGGAGCUAGCCAAGAAAUCCAACCUUGGCUCUGAGAUAGCCAAGUAGGCUGGUGAGAUCCAGAAAUUUCCAAUCCAAGAGGAAGCCGUGGCGUCUGAUGCGGUUAAGCUUAAAGAAGUAGAGGAAGGGUACACAGUGAGUACAGUGAUCGAUGGCCACAAGCUUCGCAUGAAUCCACACUCGGUUCUUCCUCGAUUUGGUUCUUCGGUUCUCUCCUUCAAUGUCAUUAUGGUGGUCACAGAUGUUACUCCCAAAGAAAUAUCUCCUUCAUCUGGAAACCCAAAUUCGAAACCAACAGUAGAAGGAGAAAAUCGGGCAAUCAGUAUCCCUCCUAAGCCUCCUCCUAGCAAAGGCAACAUUGCUCUUCGGCAUCAACAGCAAUCAGCCACCGUGCAAUUAAUUCAAAGACGUCGCUCGUGGGAUUUGAGGGAAAACGAGCAUGGAAGUCUGUUCUAUUCAAUUUUCUCUUGUAGUACUCUAUUUACUUCCCAAGAAAGUGAGAAAAAUAUAAAAGAUUUUACUCGUAUUGUGUUGAUAUUCUUGCUUUGGGUUUGCCGAAAUGGUUCUUUCCCAAGGCUAGAUGAUAACAAAGAUGGGCAUUACAUGUUUGAGCUUGGAGAAGAUUUAACUUCUCACUACAAGAUCCACAUCAAAAUGGGUGAAGGUACUUUUGGACAGGUUUUGGAGUGCUGGGAUAGAGAAAAAAAGGAAAUGGCUGCCAUCAAAAUUUUCCCUGGAAUUAAGAAGUAUCAUGAAGCAACUAUGAUAGAGAUUGAAAUGCUGCAACAAAGUGGUAAACAUGAUAAAGGGGGCAACCGGUGUGUGCAAAUACAGAACUGGGUUGACAAUAGUAACCAUGUCUGUGUUAUGUUUGAGAAGCUUGGACCAAGUUUAUACGAUUUUCUAUGGAAACAAAAUUAUCGCUCAUUUUCCAUUAAUCUAGUCCGUGAGAUAGAGGGUGAUGCUGCGAUAGAUAGCACAAAUGCCUUUACCUUUUCUCCGCAAUCCAAUUAUUAUUUUGACGUUAACACCGAUUGGGUUGAAGAAGCUUUGGAUAGGUUUGAUCAGUUCUUAUUUAAACCUUUGAUGUCAGUUGGUGUUACUACGAGGGAAUUCAAAGAGGGAGGGUUCCAGAAUAUAGACAAGAGGCGUGGCGGUGUUAAUAAUGGAAGGUACACGAGAUGUUUGGUGAAAGGCUUCAAGACCACAUGGUUAAUUGAUAUGGGUUUGGGCUUCAAGGGAACUUCUACGGGUGAGUGGAUCAACUAUAUGUUUGACCAGAAUUUUGUGAAUUAUCAAAUCUUGGUUGUUAUCUUUGGGAGUAGUAAACAAUUUGAUAUAGUAUGGGAAUUGUUUGGAAGAAGACUUUUUAACUUUGAAGGUCAUGAAGCACCUGUGUAUUCCAUUUUCCCUCAUCAAAAAGAAAAUAUUCAGCUUAUAAUUUUUACUAUGGUUGACGGGAAAAUUAAUUUGGUUCCAAAGAUAGUGAAGCAAAAUGCAGACUAGGAAAUUAAUUCUCAAAACUGGGAUUUAGAGAAUGCUACUGAAUUUGAAAGUGACCAUGUAGUUGUUGAGUGGCAGAAGUUGCGUUCAAAGAAUGGUAUUAAAUUGGAUGAAGUGGGGAAUAUUGCACCUCAAUUGUUUCAAAUAUUGAUAUUUAGGAAUGUUUUGUGGUGGGAUGGAAUAGAUCUACUAAAAGUCUGGAAAUACCAUUGGAUAAAGAAACAAAUCUUGUGGUCCUUUGAUAGAGGAAAGAGAAAAGAAACGGUAGAAACGUUGGGUGCCAAGUUCACUUUUGUCUUCUCAACACUCGAAACCAAGGUAUUUGUAGAAGGAUGGAUUGAUGAAGGUGGCAACUUGCAGUGUGUAUACCAUGGUUGGUCAUUUGAUGGCUGUGGAUCUUGUGCAAGGAUCCCUCAGGCUUCAGCUGAAGGUCCUGAAGCUUGUGUUGUUAAGUCUUCAAGAGCAUGUGUUACAAGUUCCCUACGAUGCAGUCACAAGGCCUACUCUCUUUUUGGCUGGAUGAGAAUGGAUGGGAAAGAGCACAAACUACCAAGCUUCCCAGGCUGCCUGAUGACUUUGAUAAACCUGCGUUUUCAUCUGUGACAAGUCAGUGCGUCUAUUCUAUGGCUACGAUAUCCUCAUGGAGAAUGUAUCUGAUCCUUCCUACAUUGAAUUGCUCAUAACCAACAAUCUGCACUUGCUCGCCAAUACCAUGAAGUUGCAUCAACAUCUCAACCUUGAGGAUAAGGUUUUUUAAAGUGGGGGAAUUUGUUAUGAACCCAAUUAAAUUGGGCCGGACUUUAUCGGCCUCCUACUUGUUAUCUUUUAUCGUAUUGAGUUGCUAAGUUGUUGUUAGUAGCCCAUGGGCCUAGUUAGUGUGAGUAAGAAUUGGCCCAUGGCCUUGGUUUGGUUGUGGUUGAGUUAGGGUUAUUGUCUUCUAGUAUAUGUACUGGGAAGGGGGUCGUUGAUGGGGGAUCUGGAAGAAUAUUGAUCAAGUUGCUUUCUGUUUUCAUGGAGGUUGAGUAUUCCUCGCAAGUACUCAGUU